UACGUGUCUGACACCGAAUCCACAUUCUAACGUGCUCACAAACACCGCCGGAGAAUGACGUCACACUCACACUCACACUACCCAUCCGAUUUAGACGCCGACUCCGUCACCUCCUCCCCCCGCUCCGACACCUUCCACGAGGCGCCGCCGCGCCUCCGCUUCAUGUGCAGCUUCGGCGGCAAGAUCACCCCCCGCCCCAGCGACAACCAGCUCCGCUACGUCGGCGGCGACACCCGAAUCGUGGCCGUCCACCGCUCCAUCUCCUUCGCCGCCCUCAUUCUCAAACUCUGCAAACUCUCAGGCAUGACCAACAUAACCGCCAAGUACCAGCUCCCGAACGAGGAUCUGGACGCGUUGAUCUCCGUAACGACUGACGAAGACGUGGAGAACAUGAUGGAGGAGUACGACCGCGUCGCACAGAAUCAGAACCCGCGAUCGGCGCGGCUUCGGCUCUUCCUCUUCGCCGAAGGGGAAGUCUCUCGAGCCAGCAGCAUCAGCUCGCUCUUAAACGGCUCAGCAAAACGCGAGAACUGGUUCCUGGACGCGCUAAACGGCGGCGUUUCAGGCCUCGAGCGAGGCCGCUCCGAAGCCUCUUCCAUGGUCUCGGAAGUACCCGAUUACCUCUUCGGGUUAGACAACUCCGAAGACACACAACCACGACCCAAGGACCGACCCGUUGUUCUCCACGACAACGUUUCCAUUUCGGAUCCGGGUUCACCCGCCCCGGUUUCCUCUUCCCCUUAUUGUUCCACGUCAUCCCAACCCUGCGUGCCUUCUCUCCCGAACCUUCCCCCGGUUAAAACCAAACUCUCCAACCCGGUUCCCCAUACUGAUUCCAAGGAAAUUCCAAUUGAACCUGAACCCGAGCCUCAUCCCAACCUCAACCUCAACCCCAACCUAAACCCCUACCCGCCUAACCCUAUGGUUCACUACCCUCCCGAAGCUCCUUAUUCGGGUCAUUCAGUACAACCGGUUCCGGUUUUCUACGUUCCUGGUCCGGUUCAACCGGGAACUGUUCCGGUCCCCAUGCAGACACCCUACCCCUACUCUCAACAACCAUAUCAUGCAAUGGUGCCAUCCCAUCCUCAGCUUCCAUACGGGUACCAUCAUUUGGUUCCGGGUUCGGGUCAAGUAUAUGGUGCAGGCAUGAGGCACGUCACCCCACUGCAACCGUAUAGUCCUUCCGCCGCUGCCGCGGUUCAGGACGCUUUGAAACAGCAUGUAUAUCACGCCGGUUCGGUUCCCAUGAUGGCGGUGACCGGUGGGGAUGAACCGCAGAGAGGUGGAGCGGAGUUUGUGGCGGGUCGGGGCUCCAACUCGCUAAAUAGCUGAGCCAGGUUUUGUUUUGGGGAUGGUAAAUUAAUUAUUACACGAUCAUGCAAAUUGCCGAUGGCUAAUUCAUAUCCAUACGUGCCUGCACUACGUUUUUUUCCCCUUAUUUGUUGAAUGCAUUUUAAGUCAAAAUUGGUAAUUGCAUAAAAUUGUUUGAGCAAGUAAUCUCAGGUUGUAUAUUAAAAUGGAAAAUAAUAAUAAAUGAUAUUUCGUUCUUAUGCUUGUUA